AUGGUCCGAGAAUUCUGCGGCGGCGGCGGCCUGGAGAAUUGGUUCUUGGAGCUUGACGUGGGCUGGGUUCUCCAGAUCCACAACAAGACCGACUUAUGUCAGCAGCUCCAGCUUCAACUCAAAUCGCCGUCAUGGCUCCAAGACUUUGUCGAGAGGUGGAUUCGAGCUCUCAUGGUAACAAUCUCCAGCAUCGUUGAGGCGCUCGACAAAGUUCAGACGUUGUUGCUCGCAAGGUUUGGCAAAGCAAGCAUCUCGGAGAUGCUCGUCUUUGUCGACGCCGUCAUCCCACUGCUCAAGGCGGGGAAGCUACGGGCCGUGCUAGACAUGUAUAUUUGUGUCUGCACUGCGUCGUACAUGUUCACUCUGGAUGUGUUCUCUCUGGAAGCCCAGAUCAUAUUCGACGAGAUACGCCGCUCGUUGGGGACAGAAAGAAACAAGCUAUGUGAUGCCAUAUCCACCACAGUGGAGGAGGUCAGGGCACUCAUGGAGGACGAUGACUCGUGGGCUAUCGAGUUUCCUCAAGGAGGAGCCGGGGUUCACCGGAACACCCGGUUGAUGGUGGGUUACAUCGUGUCUAUGACGGAUGCAUUGGUGUCGACACGGAAGUCCGCACCAAGCCACAACACUGGAAAUCUUCAUGGCCUGAUAGAUGACACCAUCAAACAUUUGAAGGAUCUGCUUCCGAGAAAGUCAGAGCUGUGCUUGGAUGCAGGCAUGAGGUACCUAUUCCUGCUCAACAAUUCCUAUUUCAUAGCCACCAGGGACUUUAUUCGUGGGCCAUACUGUGGAGACUCUCAACACCACCAGGGACUUGAACUUACACUUGAGUGCAAAGAUCACAUGGACAGCUAUCUCGAUGUUUCGUGGGCUCAUGUGAUAUCCUCCAUAUCGAAAUCGAAUCCUCCUGGACCGCUGCGUCGUUGGAUGACCAACACCUCUUCGCUGGCUAAAUUUGAGUCAGCGUUUCAUCAAACCUACCAAGCUCAGAAGCUCUGGAAGGUUCCGGACCCUCAGCUCAAAGAUGCGCUACGAAGGGCUAUCAUCGAGAGAGUCAUCUCAAGUUACAACGACUAUCUGAAGAAGCAUCCUGAGCUAGCGGAGCACGCUAGCCGCGGAAACAGCACUCCCGCCGUCUUGGAAGAGAUGUUGGGACAGCUAUUUGAAGGCUGA